GGCCUGGCCGGAACCUCUAAAGGUUCGGGCCUACCAAGCAACACAUGUUCAAAUAUGAAUCUCACCACAUAUAUGAAGUCGUUAAUUGCGUCGAAUGGGUUUAUAGCAUCUAGAAAGGAUAGUAUGAAUGGCGAUGACUUAACCGAGGGCUUGACACGGUAUUCUUGCGCGGAGAAUGCCUUUAGCUGA